AUGGACGCUCUAAACCAAACAAGAGUGACUGAAUUUGUCUUCUUGGGACUCACUGAUAACUGGGUGCUCCAGAUACUAUUUUUCAUGGCAUUCUCAGUCAUGUACGUACUAACCCUUUUGGGGAACAUUCUCGUCAUGAGUAUCAUAGUCUUUACUCCAUGUCUUCAUACACCCAUGUAUUUCUUCUUGAGUAAUCUGUCCUUUGUUGACAUCUGCCACUCAUCUGUCACUGUGCCCAAGAUGCUAGAGGGUUUGCUUUUAGAGAGAAAGACCAUUUCCUUUGACAACUGCAUUGCACAGCUCUUCUUCCUACAUCUGUUUGCCUGUGCUGAGAUCUUUCUGCUGACCAUUAUGGCCUAUGAUCGUUAUGUAGCCAUCUGUGCUCCAUUACACUACCCCAAUGUGAUGAACAUGAAGGUCUGUGUACAGCUUGUCUUUGCUCUCUGGUUGGGCGGUACUGUUCACUCACUGGUGCAGACCUUCUUGACCAUCCGUCUACCUUACUGUGGUCCCAACAUGAUUGACAGCUACUUCUGUGAUGUUCCUCCUGUCAUCAAGCUGGCCUGCACAGAUACAUACCUCACAGGAAUGCUGAUUGUAUCCAAUAGUGGAACCAUCUCCCUCGCCUGUUUCCUGGCUUUGGUCACUUCCUACACGGCCAUCUUGGUUUCUCUUAGGAAACAGUCAGCUGAAGGGCGCAGGAAAGCCUUGUCUACCUGCUCAGCCCACUUCAUGGUGGUUACCCUCUUCUUUGGACCAUGUAUUUUCAUCUACACUCGGCCAGACACCAGCUUCUCCAUUGACAAGGUGGUAUCUGUCUUCUACACGGUGGUCACCCCUGUGCUGAAUCCCCUCAUUUACACCUUGAGGAAUGGGGAGGUAAAAAGUGCCAUGAAGCAUCUCAGACAGAGACAAGUUUUUUCAUGAAAUUUUGC